CCAAGUCCGACUAAGACCUUUCCUUCUUUCUUAUUUUCCUUAGAAAUAUAAUAGAUGUACAUCCAGUAACUAGGACACCGCGUAUGACCCGAGUUCCGUCUCUCGGACAUCUUCCUCCUCAACCCGUCUUUUUCAACUUCGUUUUUCUAAAUUCCCCUCUUUGCUUUCCCUUUACCCUCUAUAAUUAUGGUUGCCAAAAAGCGUCGCGCUAAAAAGCCUCUGUUACUAUCUCGCACCCGUCCAUCCGCAAUCAGGGGCGAACAUGCAGCGCUGUCAUCAAAGGCCACCCGGAAUCUGAUUCGCUCCCAUCACCGACUUCUCAAGCAACGGGCUCAAGCGCAGCAUGCGGGGGAUGAGAUCCUGGUCAAUGAAAUAAAUCGUCAGAUUCAGGAGAACGGUGGGCUGGAGAGUUACCAGCUCGCCAGUAAGCUUGGACAGUCCCGAGAACGUGGCGGCGAUUCAAGUAAGGUCCUGGUUGACUGGAUGGGCCCGCAUCUGCCUCAUGCGAAAGAUGGGCAAACCAGGCUCCGUGUGCUCGAAGUCGGGGCGCUCAGCACCAAAAAUGCCUGCUCUACGAAUCCAGCUAUGGCAGUUACCAGGAUAGACUUGAACUCCCAGGAGCCAGGGAUUUUGAAACAGGAUUUUAUGGAGCGACCACUGCCUCGUGAUGACGCUGAUCGAUUUCACAUUAUUAGUCUUUCAUUGGUACUCAAUUUUGUUCCAGACGCCAUUGGCCGAGGUGAAAUGCUGAAGCGUUGCGUGGCUUUUCUGACUUCUUCAUCCCCAUCUGCGUCCACUCCGCCUGUCACGCCCCGGCUGUUCCUGGUUCUACCAGCUGCAUGUGUCAACAACUCCCGAUAUCUCACCCAUGGCAGACUUGGCGACAUCAUGACUGGCAUGGGAUUCUUCUUAUCCGAGAGCAAGGAAACUUCCAAGCUGAUAUAUCAACUUUGGGAAUACAGCCAGAAACCCCAGUCUCGCUCUUGGAAAAAGGAAAUGCUGAAUCCCGGCAAAACAAGGAACAAUUUUGCUAUUGUUGUCAAAUGACAAACUCCUCAAGGAUCCCUAUCAUGUGGAGAUCAUCUCCUGCGGUAGGAAUGCCCAGGCUGUUCCUAUAAUCGCUAACAUUGACGAUAAAAUCAGAAGAACCCAGUCUAAAACCCGCUCCCUUAGACUGAGGUCGUUUCCAAAAAUUUUCAAAUAAAACGCGAGUGGCAAGAUCACGCAUAUCGUAAAACACAAAGCAGAACCCAUCAGUGCCAUGAUCCUGUCGAACGAUGGGAAGAGGAUGGCCAUUAAAACGACGACAGCCAGCACAACCACACGCACCAUUGCCUUCAAUGACUGCAAAAUUAUGGCAUGAAGUCCCUCGGGAUGAUUUGAAUUUGUGGUAGAGUGAGACCCAAGGCCACAGAGUAUUUCCACAGUGGCCACCAGAGGGCGGCAG